UACGUCCUACCAUCAUCAUAUGAGAUACCUAGCAGCAUUUUUAGUUAUUAUAUCUACACUGAGUGUAGUCUUAUCAUCCGCAUUAACUACCACGAUUGAGGCUGCAGAGCGGUCUUGCUUUUAUGCUAAUGUAGAUAAGAAGGGAGAGAAGAUUGGUUUCUACUUUGCAGUACAAUCAGGUGGAAAUUUUGAUAUCGAUUGGGAAGUUAUUGACCCAGAAGGGAAUGUUGUCGUACAUGGCGAAAAGGAAAGACAAGGUGACUUUAUCUUCACUGGAAAUCAUUACGGUGAAUACAAAUUCUGCUUUUACAAUAGAUUGAGCUCAAUGGAGGAGAAAUUGGUCGAUUUUGAUAUCCUAGUAGAGUCAGAACCUAGACAUGAACUCCCAAAGAAAACAAAGUAUUUACAGGAUUCGACUCAGAGUUUGGAAGACAGUUUAUAUAAGAUCCAAGGUCAAGUCUCCACUUUACAGCGUAAUCAGAGGUACUUUAGAACCAGAGAGAACAGAAACAUUUCGACAGUCAAUUCAACAAAGAGAAGACUGAAAUCAUACGCUAUAUUUGAAACUCUAGCUGUUAUAUUAAUGAGUUGUGCACAAGUGUGGAUAGUAAAGAACUUCUUCAAUAUGUCGUCAACGAGGUAUAAAGUUUAGAUUGUACAUAAAGUAAUAGCCAUUAUGAUAGCAGAUAUUGC